AUGGAAGUUUUCGAACAUCCUUACUAUAGACUUAACAAACGUCUCUUGUUACUGAUAGGACAAUGGCCUUAUCAGCAUAAAUUUGAUCAACGUUUUCGUAUGUGCUUUGUGACUAGUCUGUUGUUUAGUUUUGGUAUUACUCAGAUAUCAUUAUUAUACACUAAUGGAGAUAUUGACACAUUGAUAGAAAUUAUACCACCUAUAACAUCAUUGAUAACGAUCACAUCCAAAUAUUCCAUGUUUUAUAUAUGCAGAAAUAAUAUUAAAAAUCUCCUCGAACGUAUAACAAAACAUUGGAAAUUAUGGGAGUCCAAAGAGGAAAUGGAUAUAAUGCGUAAAUAUAGCGAGGAAGGAAAAUUGUUAACUUUUUUUUAUACGUCAUAUAUAUACUCGUGUAUGACGUUGUUCCUUUUAAUGCCAUUUUUUCCAUUUAUAAUGGAUAUAAUUGUACCAUUAAACGAGUCUCGGCCUUUGAGACCUAUAUUUAAAAGCGAGUAUUUUAUCGAUGAAGAUCAACAUUUCUUUCCAAUCUACUUUCACAUGAGUAUAGUGAUCGUUAUUGGAAUAACAGUGUUAAUAUCGAACGAUGUCCUUUUGUUGAUAUUCAAUUCGCACAUUUGCGGUAUAUUCACAGCAGUGGGAUUUCGUCUGGAACAUUUGUUAAAGAAUCAAACGAACAUGACAAAUUUAUUAGAUUAUCGUUCUCGUAGGAUGUGCUUUAAAAAUGUCGUUCGUACCAUUGAAAUACAUAAAAGGGCUUUAGAGUUAUCUUUUGUAUUUUCUUGUUUCUCUCUCUAUUCUUUUUUUUUUUUUUUACUUUUUGUUUUUCACAAAAGGUUCGCUGACCUCAUUGAAUCUUCUUAUUCGUUUUUUUUACUUUCCCAAGUUGGCUCGAGUUUGGUGUGUAUGAGCCUUUCUUUAUAUCAAAUAAUAAUAGUUUUGAAAAAAUCGAGUGAAGCGUUCAGAUACAUAGCCUUUGCGGCUGCUCAAAUCGUUCACAUUUUUUGUAUGUGUUAUCCCGGUCAAAAGAUAAUCGAUUAUAGUACCGAUAUACAUAUUAAAGCAUAUAGCGGUCUGUGGUACGAGGCACCGAUCGAAAUACAUAAUUUAAUAUUAUUAGUAAUCCGAAGAAGUCUCCAGCCUUGUUAUUUAACUGCUGGAAAAGCAUUUGUAUUGUGCUUCGAAAGCUUUUCAACGAUCGUGCAAACUUCCACCUCGUAUUUCAUGGUAAUAUCAUCUGUGCAUUAG